AUAUUAAUGCAAUCUCAAUUCUUUUCCAGUACUACUUGAAGUAUGCGUUACGUUGCUGCUUAUUGUCUGGCUGCCCUUGGUGGUGGUUCUCCAUCAACAAAGGACAUUGAGAAAAUCCUAAGCUCAGUUGGUGUAGAUUGUGAUGCUGACGAGGCCAAGAAAGUUGUUGGAGAAUUGGAAGGCAAGAAUUUGGAAGAGCUGAUUGCAGAAGGAAUGAGUAAAUUAGGAAGUAUGCCUGCUGGCGGUGGUGGUGGCAGUGGUGCUGCUGCUGCUGGUGGCGGUGGUGCUGCAGCUGCUGGUGGUGCUGCAGCUGAAGAAAAGGAAGAGAAGACAGAGGAGCCCGAGGAGGAAUCUGAUGAUGACAUGGGCUUCGGUCUCUUCGACUAAGUUGUUAGUGACCAUCUCAAUGCUUUCUUACAAUAAAUGCUGAAAGUUAA